AUGGCCCCGAGGCAAACAGGUAGCAGGAAGCGGAAAGCGCCGGCGCUCGCGGCGUCGUCGCUGGGCUCGGCGGCGGGUGGGGACGGGCCGCUGCCUCCCAAGAAGCCCAAGCGGCCGGCGGCGCUGCGCUCGCUGCUGCACUACCUGAAGGGCCGCGAGGUGGGGGCGCGGGGCCGCGCCGGGCUCCCGGGCUUCGAGGGCAAGCUGCGCGGCUACGCGGUGCGGAAGCUGCCCGAGCUGCUGAGGGAGCGCGAGCUGGCGCUGGGCACCCUCAACAAGGUGUUCGCGUCGCAGUGGCUGAACGCCAGGCAGGUGGUGUGCGGCACCAAGUGCAACACGCUCUUCGUGGUGGACGUGCAGUCGGGCCACAUCACGCGCAUCCCCCUGAUGCGGGACCGCGGGCCCGGGUCGGCCCGCGCCCAGCCGAACUGCGGCAUCCACGCCAUCCAGCUGAAUCCCUCCAAGACGCUUCUGGCCACCGGGGGCGAGAACCCCAACAGCCUGGCCGUCUACCAGCUGCCCACGCUGGACCCCGUGUGCCUGGGCGACCGCCACGGCCACAAGGACUGGAUCUUCGCCAUCGCCUGGAUGAGCGACACGGUGGCCGUGAGUGGCUCCCGCGACGGCACCGUGGCGCUCUGGAAGAUGGACCCCGACAUGUUCCACGGCAGCAUCGCCUGGCACAACGACGCGGGCCUCCCCCUGUACGCCCACAUCCGUCCCAGGGACGUGCAGACCAUCCCCAGGGCCAGCACCAACCCCAGUAACCGCAAGGUGCGGGCCCUGGCCUUCAGCGGCAAGAACCAGGAGCUGGGAGCCGUGUCCCUGGACGGCUACUUCCACCUGUGGAAAGCCCAGAGCAACCUGUCCAGGCUGCUGUCCAUCAGGCUGCCCUACUGCCGAGAGAACGUGUGCCUGACCUACUGCGACGAGUUGUCCCUGUACGCGGUGGGCUCCCAGUCCCACGUCUCCUUCCUGGAUCCGCGGCAGCGCCAGCAGAACAUCCGGCCCCUGUGCUCCCGAGAGGGCGGCACGGGUGUGCGCUCCCUGAGCUUCUACCAGCACAUCGUCACCGUGGGCACGGGCCACGGCUGCCUGCUCUUCUAUGACAUCCGCGCGCAGACGUUCCUGGAGGAGAGGGCCUCGGCCAGCCCGCACUUCUCUCCGGGGCCCGCAGGGAGGAAGCUCAAGCUCACCUGUGGCAGAGGCUGGCUCAACCACGAUGACCUGUGGGUGAACUACUUCGGUGGCAUCGGCGAGCUCCCCAACGCGCUCUACACGCACUGCUACAACUGGCCCGAGAUGAAGCUCUUCGUCGCUGGGGGGCCUCUCCCUUCCGGCCUCCACGGGAACUAUGCCGGCCUCUGGAGCUAA